GACGUUUCGCUCGUCGGUCGCUGAUCGCGGCCCGCAUCAUGAGCAGCUGAUUUUGGUUAAAAGUUUCUCAACGCGCGAAGCCGUUAACUUUUGCUGGAAGUCCAAGUGUUUACCGGAAGAGAUGGAUCCAACCAACAGUUCACCUCCAACGCAUUCAAUAUCAUUCCCGGAUAAGAUUGUAGCGUUCGAGCUGUCCAGCUAUGAAUGGUCUCAAAAUCUUCUCUGCGUCGCUCUGGCCGACAAACUUAUUUUGGGUGCCGUUCGCUUUCCGGAGGAAAAUGAAUCUGAAUGUUUUGAAUGGAAUCAAUACAAGGAAAUACACCACGAGAGCCGUUGUCAUGCGGUAGCUUUUGCUCCAGAAACAUCACUGGCCGUGCUUCCGAAAGUGGUAAUUCUCUGCACGGCCGGAGCCGAUUUCAAUCUUCGCAUAUUCAACAGCGACCUGGAGGAUAACAACACGGUGCAAAUGCUGCAGGGUCAUCGCAGCUAUAUAAACCAGAUCAGCUGGGAUCCGGAUGGUGAAUAUCUAGCCUCGUGCGGCGAUGACCACAUGUGCAUCAUGUGGAAGAUGAAGGAAGGCUACGCGAAGGGACCCACGUUUUUCUUCGGCUCGGCAGUCGUUUCGGCCAAGUGGCAUCCAGAUGAACCUGGGAAGGUAUUGAUUGCCGAGAAGAGUGGUAUCGUCCACUUGUACAAUGUGGAAUCUAAAUUGGCGAUUCUAUCGGUGGAAUGUAACAAAAACCCACUCAACUAUGCCGAUUGGAGUUUGAAUAACUCAGCAUUUGUAGUCGCUAUUGCUGGUGGAGAGUUGAUAUUCUGGGAUCUGAAGAAACCAAGCCGACCGGUUGAAAACAAGAGGAUCCAUGAAGAUUGUGGUCACAUUGUAAAGUUUGCACCGCAUUCUGAAACAAUUGUGGCUAGUGUGGGAAGACCACGGACAACAUUGAAAGUGUUUCAUUCCAAGUCACAGGUUCCGCAAAUAGAAUCCAAGCUGUUACUUUAUGGAGGACUCUGUUGGCAUUACCAACUGCCUUAUGUAGUGGCUGGACAGGAUAGGAAAUUAUGUUUCUGGAAGAUUUCUUUAUAAAUUAUUAAAAUACUUUCAAUGUAAACAAUAUAGGAAUACAUAAAAAAAAACAACCAUUGAAAUCAACGCAAA